AUGGAAACUCAAGAAGACAGCCCGCUCCACGAUGCCUGUAGGAACGGGGACCUGGGCCGAGUGAAACGCAUCCUGUCCCGAGGUUUAGUUGACGUCAACAGUAGAGAUGAGAAGCACAGAAAGACACCACUCAUGGUGGCGGCUCAAGAGGGACAUCGACGGCUAUUUGCCUUUAUUGUUAUAAAAGGAGCUAAUGUAUCACACAUAGAUCAAUACGGAGACAAUGUCCUGCACUUGGCCUGCAGAGGGGGACAUAUGGGUAUGGUGAAGGAUGUAGUCACACAAUACAUGAUUGAUAUAAACUGUAAGGGAAUGUACGGGUCAACUCCAUUGUUGCAAACUGUAUAUUGUGGACACAGAGACGUGUUGAAGUUCCUCGUGUCCAAUGGAGCUAAAUUGUCACACGUGGAUGACUACGGAGAGAAUAUCCUGCACUGGGCCUGCAGAGGGGGGCAUGUGGGUGUCGUGAAGGAUAUACUCACACAAUACAGUGUUGAUAUUAACAGCAGGGAGAAUCACGGAGAGACCCCUCUAAUGAAGGCUGCAUCAGGAGGACACAGAAACGUUUUGGAGUUCCUCGUGAGAUUGGGAGCUAAUAUAUCAUGCGUUGAUGAUGACGGAGACAACAUACUUCAUCAUGCUUCAGUUGGGGGCCAUGCAAAGACGGUUCAGCAUAUCCUAUCACAAGACAUAAUGGACAUUAACAGUAGAGGAAAAUACAGGAGGACGCCAUUGAUGGGAGCAGCGUAUUAUGGACAUAGAAAAGUGGUUGAUCUUCUUGUGAGUAAAGGUGGUCUAACUCAGUUAGUGGAUGAUUAUGGUUACAACAUCCUUCACCUGGCCGCUAGCGGUGGACAGGUUGAGAUGGCGAAGCAUAUUCUUACCCAAAACAUUGUAGACAUUAACAGCAGAACAAACACGGGAGCAACCCCGCUGAUGAAGGCGGCAUAUAAGGGACACAAAGACGUUUUUGGGUUCCUCGUGAAUAAGAGAGCUAAUGUGUCACACGUAGAUGAUGACGGAGACAACAUACUCCAUCAUGCCUCAAUCGGGGGACAUGCAGAUAUGGUUCAGCAUGUCAUAUCAGAAGGCCUGGUGGAUAUAAAUAGUAGAGGGAAGUACAGAAGGACACCAUUGAUGAGAGCGACGUAUUUUGGACAUAGAAAGGUGUUUGAUCUUCUUGUGAGUGAAGGUGGUCUAACUCAGUUAGUGGAUGAUUAUGGUAACAACAUCCUUCAUCUGGCCGCUAGCGGUGGACAGGUUGAGAUGGCGAAGCAUAUUCUUACCCAAAACAUUGUAGACAUUAACAGCAGAACAAACACGGGAACAACCCCGCUGAUGAAGGCGGCAUAUAAGGGACACAAAGACGUUUUUGGGUUCCUCGUGAAUAAGAGAGCUAAUGUGUCACACGUAGAUGAUGACGGAGACAACAUACUCCAUCAUGCCUCAAUCGGGGGACAUGCAGGUAUGGUUCAGCAUAUCCUAUCACAAAACAUGGUGGACAUUAACAGUAGAGGAAAAUACGGGAGGACGCCAUUGAUGGGAGCAGCGUAUUUUGGACAUAGAAAGGUGUUUGAUCUUCUUGUGAGUGAAGGUGGUCUAACUCAGUUAGUGGAUGAUUAUGGUAACAACAUCCUUCAUCUGGCCGCUAGCGGUGGACAGGUUGAGAUGGCGAAGCAUAUUCUUACCCAAAACAUUGUAGACAUUAACAGCAGAACAAACACGGGAGCAACCCCGCUGAUGAAGGCGGCAUAUAAGGGACACAAAGACGUUUUUGGGUUCCUCGUGAAUAAGAGAGCUAAUGUGUCACACGUAGAUGAUGACGGAGACAACAUACUCCAUCAUGCCUCAAUCGGGGGACAUGCAGAUAUGGUUCAGCAUGUCAUAUCAGAAGGCCUGGUGGAUAUAAAUAGUAGAGGGAAGUACAGAAGGACACCAUUGAUGAGAGCGACGUAUUUUGGACAUAGAAAGGUGUUUGAUCUUCUUGUGAGUGAAGGUGGUCUAACUCAGUUAGUGGAUGAUCAGGGUAACAACAUCCUUCAUCUGGCCGCAUGGGGUGGACGGGUUGAGAUGGCGAAGUACAUCCUCUCACAGAACCUGGCCGACAUUAACGCCAGGGACAAGGAUGGGGACACAGCAGCCAUGAUAGCAAAUCGUAAAGGAAAACUUGACGUGUAUAACUUUCUUGUUUCACAGGGUUGUCCAGUAACAUAA